CGUAACACGUGCCCCCUUUGGGCAGACGUGACUCUCAAUUCGUUGUUGUGCGUGUGUGACUUGAUUUUUUCUUUUUAUCCCUUUCUCAUUUCCUUAUCCCGCGCCCGCCGAGACGCCCGGUCGCUCAACGACGUUAAUUUCUCUUUAUUUUGUUUUGCGCCAAGGCUGGUGAGACGUUGGGUGACAUUGGGGCUCGUAGCCAAUCGCGCCGGCCGCUGAGCGCUGGUCUUCCGUCGCUGGGCGAUUACUCGAGAAGAGCGUCUGGUGUGCGUUCGCGAUACUGCCCCCCGGCACGAGCGACUGACGCCUUCGCAGCUCGGAAUAUUUACGUCGGUCUCCGUGGUCGCCUAUUGGCGCGGCGCUUCGAAAGGAUGCCGGCCGACGAACACAGUAACUCCCCUCCGCCGCCCGAGGACCGUCGCUCGGACGUCUCCUACAAGAAGGUGGGCCUCUUCAACGUCCAGGGACUGCUGCUGCAACAGAACGAGUUCGACCGCGACAAGAUCCGCAAGGUCCUCUGGUUCAAGCCCCUGCCGGGAGACAUAUUCGUCGGCUCCUAUCCCCGGUCCUGCUCGACGCGCGCCCAGUACAUCAUCUGGUCCCUGCUACACCCGGGUUCUCCCCUGCCCGACUUCCACACCCUCCUGACCAAGGAGUUCCCCUGCAUCGAGAUAGUCGACGCCGACACCGUUUGCGCCAGGGAAGGUGCGCCCCGCCUCGUCAAGCACCACCUUCCGUACGCGUUCAGUCCCGCCAGUCCCGAAGCGAGGCACGUGGUCGUGCUGAGAAACCCGUUCGACGUGUGCGCCUCCAACUACGUCCACCUGGGCAAGAGCUACGAAGGGACCUUCGCCGACUUCUUCGAGUGCUUCACCAGGGGAGAGGUGGCGUUCGGGGACUACUUCGACCACGUCCUGUCCUGGUACGACCGCAAGGACGACCCCAGGGUGCUGCUGCUGUGCUACGAGACGAUGCGAAGGGACCCGCUGGGCAGCGUGAAGCUGAUCGCGGACUUCCUGGACAUACGCACCAACGCGGAGCUGGUCACUCAGGUGGCCAGGGACACGGGGCUCGAGGCCACCGUGGCCGGCAGGAGCGACCUGGAGGAGGAGGUCUUGAAGGGGAAGGUCGGCUGCUACCGGGAGUACUUCUCGAAGCAACAGCACCGCGUCCUGUCGGACAUGACGAAGGAGAAGCUAGCGGGAACGGAGCUCGUCGACGUGUGGGCAGACUUUCUGCAGUGAUCGGUACAAGCGAUGGGGUGAUGAACUCAAGAACGGGCGGGAUGUGGUGUGCCUUCGAGACCGCCAAAUGUGCGGUGCUCCGUUUUAUGAGAUGUGGUGACUCACGCACUGUUUCUUUAUUUUUGUGUAUGUGCUGCUACGAGUGUGGUGUGUGGUUGUAAGAAAUGUCGUGGCGAUCGAGACGGCUUCUAAAUGCGUAAGCGUUCCUAUGGUUACCCAACGAGAAUACUGUCCGUUCGUCCGUCCGUCUUUCGCGCAGCACGAUCACUUUCGAGAGAGAGCCAGCAGCAAUGUUUUUCGCCAUCUUUGGAAGAAGACGACGAUGAAUGCGCGAGCAGUGGUACGAGCGCGUCUGUCUGACCACGUGACGUGUGCGAACAGGCACACACCAUAGGCACACCUUUAGUAAGCCAGAACUGUGGAGCAGCCGUGGUUUCGGAUCGGAACCUCAUCAGCGCACUUGGUGCUGCCAUCAUCUUGCAUCAUCAGUUAACGUUGAGCCGCCUUCCGCAGAUGCAGUUGGGGUCGCUGCAACGCCGUCGCAUUUAUCGUAAUGGUGCCCGGACGACCGCAGCCGCUGAGCAGUGCUACGAUUACCAGCAGUGUCGAGUGUAAGCACUCAACACCACGUGGUUACUACACGAAAUGCUUACGAAUCAUUCAGAUAACUUCCCUGAGGAGAUUCUGCGCAAUAUUUUUUUUUUCAUUUUGUGCCUAUAGGACAAGCAGUAUACAAACGAAUAUUGGGAAAUGGUUUGCCGUGUUUUUUACCACAUUUCUGCGAUAUCCGGGCAGUCAUGUAGCUUCCGUUGCGUGAGUGGUGUAUAUAGAAAGUGUAAAUGAUUUCAUUGCGGUGUGAUUGCUUGUAUACCCUUGGCCAGAAUUUCUGGGAAAAAAAGAAUGGAGGACGCUUGAGCUUCGCCUUCGUCGUUCAAAGGUCCCUGACUGCAGCAUUUCACGGUUCCCCGCAACUGCAGCUUAUGUAACCGUAGUGUUUACCGGAAAACGCUGACGGCGAGUGCUAUGCACGAAGGACGGCAUCAUGGCAGAAACGCGACCUCUUGCGUGCGCCGAUCUCCGAGGUAGUGCACAGCAGCGACAAGAAAAUCACAUAAUUUUCAGGCUUCUGCUUUGCUUCGCACUUUUAAUAUUUGAGUCUGAGAAGACUUAAAAUAAAAGGCAUGCGCUGUCGGUGUUUCGUUUCAUGA